AUGGAGCUCGAGUCGGCAGGUCCAACCUCUAGCCAACAUGGAAAACAAGCCGCAUGCUUAAACUGCCGACGGAGCAAGAUCCGCUGCAACCGCCAGGCAGGCGAGUCCAGCUGCGAGAAAUGUAAGCAAACCAAUGCGGAGUGUAUUGUGCCCAACCAUCAUCUGGGUCGACAAAAGGGGGUAAAAAACAAACGAAAAGGCCUGGAGAAAGCGAUACAUCAGAUCGAACAGGCAAUUAAGCGGCCGAAGGUCGACUCUGCUAGUGACGAUGAGGCCCAAAGAGCCAUUUCGGUCCUCCAGGAUCUCCUUGGUCAAGCCCGGGGCCAGUUAGUGCAAAAUGAGCAUGAGCAUGAGCGUCGCUUCUCAGAGACAUCAGAUCACCCGCGCAUGACGUCUCCGCGUGAUAUUCAAGCGGAGGAUGGUCUUACUCUGGAUGAUGCGGAAAAUCCUCUGCAGCUGCUUGCUAGAGCUUCAAAUCUUCAGAUUUCGCCAGUUGGGACGCGGCGUGCGCCAGUAUCUCCACUGCCGUUGUCAGAGGGCCCGUCAUUAUAUCAGAACACUUCCCAGGGAGAACAGGCCGCCAAAUCCUUUUUUGUUCCCGCGGGAGCGAAUCUAGAUGUUGGACCUGAUAUGGAUCCUAUUGGGUUGGGCUUGGUCACAUUUGAUGAGUCGGAGUCCUUAUUCUCGUUCUUCUAUCAACAUCUCGCACAUACUCGAUGGGGCCUCGAUCCCUUGAUACAUACCCCAUCCUUUGUGCGGUCCCAGUCGGCUUUUCUAUUUACUUCGAUAAUGGCAGGCGCAGCCCUAUUUUUGCCGUCUGCGUCUGCUUUAUCUAAGAGGUUAUCAAGGCAUUGCAAAUGGCUUGCGAAGCGAGUGAUCACACAACGCUAUAAAUCUGUUGAGAUUGUUCUGGCUUUCAUGGUGAACGUUCCAUGGAUGUCUCCAGGCGAUAGACUAGGAGACGAUGAUACUUGCUCCUAUAUUGCCAUGGCCCUCACUGUUGCUCUUGACUUAUCUUUGAACAAGAUUAUCUCGCCAUCUUCAAGCUUUGACCAAGAACUUAUGAAUCGCCUGGCGCGAGCAGAGUGCAUCGACGCUAAGAGGGCUUUACACAUGGAUGGAUUUCAUGAUAUUGACCCGUCCUCGGAAUGGGGCGUUAGGCUGUUGCGAAGACGGGAAAGAGCUUGGAUUGCGUUGUAUGUCGUUGAGAGAGGUGUUUGUCUCGCGCGUGGCCGAAGCUAUACGGUCCCUUCAACAACGCUCAUCGAAAACUGCGAUCGUUGGCACCUUUCCAACAUUGCAGACCCGCGUGACGGUCCUAUGAGUUCCGUGGCAGUUCUUCGAAGGGACCUUGACGGACUAUUUCAGAAUGUUAAAUCAAGCUGUGAUAAUUAUCGCAUCGUUGAUACCGGCUCGGAGGCUGCUCAGUCGAUCAAGAAAACCAUUCAAACUUUCUACGAGCGGUGGUAUGCAACAUGGGCCUUGUCAAUUGGGGAAGGAGACACACGCUCUCUACCCCCCUACGUCGAGAUUCUUGUCACGCAUACUCAAUUAUCCACAUACGGUGGUGUCAUCAACCACCGAACAGCUCCAAUCGAAGUGAAACGUUUCUUCCGAGCCGCCGGUCUAUCAUCUGCACUGAACGUCCUACGAGCAGCCAUCCAGGGCGAAUCUCGCCUGAAAUCAAUGCCAAACAACACCGUCAUAAUGAUCUCCUUCGCCGCCUGCUCCGCCCUCAGUCUCAGCGUAACACCCGGCGACAGCAAAUCCAGUCUAGCACCAAGCGUCCGAAACCUCAUCGAAGAGACAGCCGGCGUCCUAGAGAGAAUCGGCGCAACACCAAGUCACCGAAGCGGCGCCUCCGUGCUGUACGGGAGGUUCUUGCGUGAGUUGAUCCGGCGCGCACCAGCCUUCCCUCUCCAAUCCCGAGGAAAUCUAGGUGAAGUCCAUCCAUCCGAGGCAUUUCAGUCUGCAUGUCUGGAUGAUCGUCCGCUGCCAGUGGCAAUACCUGAGGACCUCUGGUUCGAGCCUUUGCAAUUCUCUGCUAUGUCUGAUGAUCAGAUCGUCGAUGCAGUCAAUCGGGCGGGCACGGCGUUUGGUGCGUCGAUCCCGGAUGUGCCUCUUGAUGAUAUGCUUAAUUGGGAUUGGCUCGACUCUGCCAAUGCGGAUUUCAAUCUUCAGUAG